UAUUUCAAAUAAUAUCCAAGUGAAAGAGCGAAAACUUUUAGGACUUAAGACUCAUGAUUAUCAUAUCCUUCUUCACCAAUUGCUUCCGGUAGCACUUCGUAACAACAUGGCCGAUGAAGAAGUAGCAAAAGUUAUAAUCGAAUUCUGUGGAUUUUUUAAAAAGUUAUGCUCAAAAGUUAUCAAUAUUGAUGAAUUUAAGGCACUAAAAGGAGAAAUGAAUGAAACCCUCUGCAAAAUGGAGAUAUUCUUCCCUCCAUCAUUUUUUACGAUCAUGGUCCAUCUCACACAUCAUCUUGUAGAUGAGGCAUUACUCGGAGGACCAGUUAACUAUCGUUGGAUGUAUCCCAUGGAGAGAUAUUUGGGUUUCUUGAAACGCAUAAUGCGAAAUCGGGCUCAUCCUGAAGGAUCGAUUGCUGAUCAUUACGUGGCAAAUGAAUGUAUGAUGUUCACCUCUCGAUAUAUACAUGGUGUACAUACAAAAAAUAAGGAGAUAAAUAGUAAUAGAGAUGGCACCUUUCAUGGAAGUACCAAGAUGAACAAAGACUAUUCCAGAAUUGACUUGAAUCAGGCUCAUGCCUUCUUAUUGCAGAACCUGGAAAUCUUUGAAGAUUAUCGCAAGUAAGAAAUUAACUUUAACAAAUAUGAUUUUUUUUUAAUUAUAUCAAUAAUUGAACUCUAAUUUUUUGUAU